AUGAAAUUAACUCUUAUCUAUUUCGUGACUUUUUUCACUCUAACUUUUGCUUCAUCAGUAUCAACGAUAAAAUCUACAUCGAUUGUCGAUUCGAUUUCUCAAUUAUUAUAUAUUUAUUUGAAUCCAAUAUUUCAAGAUACACUAAAACAACUAACUCAAUUAGUUUUUGAAUUUGGUGACAAACUUUCACAAAAUAUACCAUAUGAAUUAACUCGUGCAAAUGGACCUACACCAGCACCAUGGGUUUCACAAUUGUUUGGUGAAGUAAAUUCAAUAUCAACACAAUGGAAUAAUCAAGUAUCACAAUUUUUUGCUACUAUUCCAACGAUAUUUGAAACGAAUAGUAGAAGUUCACUUAAUAUGCCAACAAUUAGAGAAACAUUAUAUAAUGCAGUUGAACAUCUUCUAGGAGAAUUAAAAAAAUUAUUUAUUGAUAAUAUUAAACAAACAAUUAUUUCAAUUUUUAAUAGAUUUGAUUUAAUGGAAUUUAUUGGUCGUAAGCGUGCUUUAUCGAAUAUUGAGGAUUCAUUGAAUGUUUUUGAACAACAAGUAUCUAAUAUAUUUGAUAAAACAAAAGAAAAAUUAAAUCGUACUAUUGAUGAUGCAAUUAAUUUUAUUAUAACAUUUUGGGAUGAUGUUAAAUAUCGAUUUCUUGGUUAA